UUAAAUAUUGUCUAUUACACCUUUCCUAAGCCCAUUUCCCAAGACCCGGUAAGUUUAGUGUAUAUCUUUUCUGAUUUUUUCCUAUGGAUAUUGCAAUAUACAAGAUCAGACUGUCAAAUCAUACUAACACAAAUCAGUAAUAUUACCUAGUAUCAAGUUUACUAAGUAUUUCAAGGAUAUAAUCGAUCAUGCAACUCCAAAGAAGCAGAGGUAUCUAGGACAUGAAAGAUGGCUCCUCAAACCAUGUUUUCCUAUGUUGGUCAUGCAUCUCUGACCCAAAAUAAUAGAUGAGGUUUCUAAGUGAGGGUCACCUCUCUCAGUGGGAGUAUUUAAAUUAUGAACCAUCUCCAUUUUAUACCUCCUAGUUUAUGUGACAUUCUUCAGAGAGCUAUGCCUCAUAGAUCCUGAAUUUAUUUACUACAGAUAAUCCUUAGCCAGGGACAUCCUGCUAAAGGCAUGUCAAAGAUAAGUUCCCUUUCUCCUAGCUAAUAUCAUUGGUCUCUUUAGUCAGAGGUCCAGAAGUCACCUACCUUCUUCCCUCCCCCCGCCCCAGGAAAGGAAGUAAAUGGGUUGCAGGCCAGCUCCUUUAACUCCCCCUUACAAUAAACAUAUAUGAAUAUAUUUAGGUUUUGGGUUCUGUAUGUUAAGUGUUUUUACACUAAAAUUGGAUUUUAGAUUGAUCAAUAGAUAGGUAAAUAGGUAGAUAGACUUCUACAUCAUUUCUUCCCCUUAAUGUAUCAUGGACGUUUCUCCACGACAGUACAUGUAGUUCCAACUCAUUCAUUUAAAUGGCUGCAUAGGAAGUACAAUUUUGAUGUUCCAUGAGUGGUAUCAUUUUUAUAAACUAGUGAAUUUCCAUAAAAUAAAUUUCAACUGUUAGGAACUUUUAGAUAGUAGUAUAGCCCUCAAGCGUAAAUGUGGUCAUUUUGGUGUAGAUUAUUUAUUCUGGUGAGAAAUACUUUGAACAAAAGUUCUGGAAAUUAAUAUGUGAAUAUGACUAUAGUUUUGAGUGGCUUAUCUGAGCCUUGUUUAGUGAGCCUUGCUUGUGAUCAUGUUUGUACCAACUGUGGAGGACUGUUGCCCGCCACAGGUAAAGAUGGUUUGUGGUUCCUCUAGGUGAUUUCCAGAUAACACUAGGGGUAUAGCUAGAAUGAGAGACUAUCUUAAAAUAAACUGCAUGUUUUGAAAUUGUCUGCUAUAAAACACAGAAAUGCCAAGGCCAGAUUUCUUAGCCCAAUCUUUCAAUAAAGUCCAGACUCCUACUGGUGACCCAGUAACUUCUCUUUCAGAAUGGUAUUUUCUGAACUGAAUAAACAUAUAUUACCAAAGUAAAGACUAGAGACUUACUAAAUGUUUUCAUACUGAAAUUUCAUUCUAAUUAGCAAAAAGCUAGUAUAUAGCCUUGCAGGCACUCAGGAAAUUAAAAUAUGAGAUGGUAUAUGAAAUGAUAUCUAUUUAAAGAUUGAAAAUAUUACCUUAAAUGUUUAAUAUGAUCUUCUAUCUUACCUCCCUUUAUUUUAUUCAUAGAUACCACGUUGAAUGAACAAAUAUUGAACUUUUAUAGUUACCCUUUGUAAAAGGAGUAUGGGGGGUAGGGAUAUAGUUUAAAUCGCAAAGGAUUUCACAUUAUGAGCUCCCCGGUUGUUGCGCAGUCUCACCAUGUGGGGAAAGCUCAUGCUAGAAAACUGAAGAAAUUAAUGGGUGACUAUGAUCAGAUUUCUUCACCAAGUUCUCAGCCUGAGAAGAGAAUCCCUUGUUGUCAACCUAAUGAAGCAUUCAAAGAAGACAUAUGACUCUUUUCAAGAUGAACUUGAAGAUUAUAUCAAAGUGCAGAAAGCCAGAGGCUUAGAGCCAAAGACUUGUUUCAGAAAGAUGAGAGACAACUGUUUGGAAACCUGUGGAUACAGAGAAGAGCUUGAUUACCAACCAAGGUAUAGAAUGUUUGAUCAAAGACGCUCAUCUGAAACUGGGCAGCCCUACCCAAGAUCAUGCCCUAGUUCACAAAAAGUGGAAAACCAGUUACCUCAGUGGCUACCAGCUUAUGACAGCAGACUAAGACUAGACUCCCUGAGCUACUGUCAAUUCACCAGGGACUGUUUCUCAGAAAAACCAGAACCCCUGAACCUUAGUCAGCGAGAGUCUAACUGUAGCUCAUACAGUGUAGAAUCUGGAGUUCACAAGCGCCUCUCCUCAGAAAACAGUGCCGGUGGCCAUCCAGCCAGGCAUAAACAGCUACAUCAGAAGGGGAAAAGACACCCGGAAGAAGGCAGAGACAAACCAGAGGAGGAGCGGCCCAAGCAUAAGAGAAAAAAAGGUUGCGCGGAAACAGAUUUAGAUAAACACAAGAACUUCCAAAGAAACAAAACACAGAUGGAAACAGUCAGGGUCAGUACAGAAAAGCUUAAGAAUCGAAAGGAGAAAAAAAGCCGAGAUGGAGCCUCUAAGAAAGAAGAACGUAAACGUAGAAAAGAGAAAAAGGAACAAGGUAAAGAAAGGACAGAGGAGGAAAUGCUUUGGGACCAGUCUAUCCUUGGAUUUUGAAGCUCUUGAGUUGGUUCUCCUGAGGUUAAAUUGAAAAAAUAGUUGAGGGGCCUGGUUUUCUGACGUUCACGUUCAUAUUGGUUCUUUCCUGUGAACAGGUACUGCAACUUCUAACAACAGGCCAAGUGACCACAAAGUAUUUAAUACGCUUACUCUCCAACAUGGAAAUUACUUUUCCUCAUAUUCUAAAAGCAUCCUUACAUUCUUAUAUAAUGUAAUUUCCCUUAAUGACAGUGGCUCUGAUUUUACUCAUCAAAUUGCUGGGAUGGUAGAAGUAUUUUUCCCUUGGGAGGUCAUUUAUUUUAAAUUGGAGUAUUAAUAGGCUUUGCAGAAUCUUUCUUGAUUGGGUUUGUUUUAGUUUUGGGUGGGGUAUUUUUAUAUUCAUUAGUUUUCUCUAUGACACAAUUUAGACUGAUUUUUUUUUCCUUUUUAGAUCUAACUUGCAGUGUAUUUUCUAGAUUGGAAGGUGGAGAAUGAAAUACAUUAUAAUAAUAAUAAGCUAAGGUUACAUAUAGUUUUAAAAGUUUCAAAGAGUUUUGAUGCAAAAUCAGUUUAUAUUCUGGAAAUAUUUAUAAUAAAGUGUUCUAAUUUCUG